CUUCCGGGUUGGGCUGAAGGGAGGAUGCUUUCAUAUCGGGAUCACAGUCAUUGGGUGCGAUGCUGCCUCUGGCUGCUCUGCAAGAGACAGCAGCCGGACUGACUGCCGCAGGGGCUCUCUGAACCCGAGCCGACUGCUGCCUACACACACAGGCUACCAGCUCUCAUUCUCGGCAAAAUUGCUCCGCCGUCACGCACUGACCUAACAGUAAACGAUGUUUUCAAUGGACGCCGUUUCGCACGACAUGUUUUAAAUCGCAGUUUUCGACCGUGGAAAUUCCCCCUUCUUCUCGGAUUAAUUUUUGAGGUACAACUGUGAUCUCUUCAUCACACCGACUGGAGCAGAGCCAACCACUCCAUUUGCUAGCCGCAUGCGAACGACUAGUCGUUGGCAGUUAGCUUGGUAACGUUAGUCGAUGUGUCUAGCUUUCUGGAGGUUUUGUUUCCAUAAUACUGGAUUUAGUUUUCAGUUGCCUUCGGCAUCGAGCUAGCUUUAGAUUGUGUAUCGUUUUAAACACCAUUAGAUAGCUAAAGCUGGCUAGCUAGUGUACGUGUUAUAACAAGCCAGGGAUAUUUUGGUCGUCAAAGCACAUCUGACUGGCACGAGAGCAGCAGGGGGUUCGUUGGGAUACGAAAUGCGACUCGCUAAAUAACCAAGGUUACACAGGAGAAACCACAUACAUUUCUCAGUUUUCAUUCAAAAGGCAGCAUGUUUGAGUGACAAGCGAAGGAGGAAGUGGGAUCUCUGAAGCGCCUCCCCCUGCUGGUGGAGUCCCUGAACAUCUGGACCAGAGACCCCUUUACACAGCAGGACAGGAUGCGGAGGUUUGCCUACUGUAAGGUGGUGCUGGCCACCUCCCUGGUGUGGGUGAUGUUGGACAUGUUCAUCCUGCUCUACUUCAGCGAGUGUAACAAGUGUGACGACAAGAGGGAGAGGGGCCUGCCAGGCAGGGACGAUACAGUAUUGCGGCCCAGGGAUGGUCCAGGAGAAGGAGGUAAACCUGUGGUGAUUCCUAAAGAGAACCAGGAGAAGAUGAAGGAGAUGUUUAAGAUCAACCAGUUUAACCUGAUGGCUUCUGAGAUGAUCGCUUUCAACAGAACCCUGCCUGACGUACGCCUGGAGGGCUGUAAGAAUAAGCUGUAUCCAGACGAUCUGCCUCGUACCAGUGUAGUGAUCGUGUUCCACAACGAGGCCUGGUCCACUCUGCUGCGGACCGUACGCUCUGUCAUAGACCGCUCCCCCAGGUCUCUGUUGGAGGAGGUAGUUCUGGUGGACGACGCUAGUGAGAGAGACUUCCUGAAGCGUCCGUUGGAGCAGUAUGUAAGGAGGAUGGAGGUUCCAGUCAGAGUGGUGAGGAUGGAACAGAGGUCUGGACUGAUCAGAGCUCGACUGAAAGGAGCCUCACUCUCCACCGGACAGGUGAUCACGUUUCUAGACGCUCACUGUGAGUGCACCAUUGGGUGGCUGGAACCUCUGCUGGCCCGCAUCAAACUCGACAGGAAAACAGUGGUGUGUCCCAUCAUCGACGUGAUCAGUGAUGACACGUUUGAGUACAUGGCUGGUUCUGACAUGACCUACGGAGGCUUCAACUGGAAGCUCAACUUCCGCUGGUACCCCGUACCCCAGAGAGAGAUGGACCGCCGCAAGGGAGACCGCACUCUGCCUGUCAGGACUCCUACCAUGGCCGGUGGGUUGUUCUCUAUAGACAGAGAUUAUUUCCAGGAGAUAGGGACGUAUGACGCAGGUAUGGACAUUUGGGGAGGAGAGAACCUGGAGAUCUCCUUUAGAAUCUGGCAGUGCGGGGGGACGUUGGAGAUCGUGACUUGUUCUCAUGUGGGUCACGUGUUCCGGAAGGCCACGCCCUACACGUUUCCAGGGGGAACGGGUCAGAUCAUCAAUAAGAACAACAGACGCCUGGCCGAGGUCUGGAUGGACGAGUUCAAAAACUUCUUCUACAUCAUCUCCCCUGGUGUGACGAAGGUGGACUAUGGUGACAUCACGUCUCGCUCCUCUCUGAGACAGAAGCUGCAGUGUAAACCCUUCAGCUGGUACCUGGAGAACGUAUAUCCUGACUCCCAGAUACCACGACACUACUACUCACUGGGAGAGAUCCGUAACGUGGAGACUAACCAGUGUCUGGACAACAUGGCCCGGAAGGAGAACGAGAAAGUUGGCAUCUUCAACUGCCAUGGCAUGGGAGGAAACCAGGUGUUUAGCUACACGGCCAAUAAAGAGAUCAGGACAGAUGACCUGUGUCUAGACGUGUCCAAACUCAACGGUCCUGUCAUGAUGCUCAAGUGUCACCACCUCAAAGGAAACCAGCUCUGGGAGUAUGACCCCAUGAAGUUGACCCUGAUCCACGUCAACAGUAACCAGUGUCUGGACAAGGCCAGUGAGGAGGACAGCCAGGUGCCCAGCGUCAGAGACUGCACACACACUCGCUCUCAACAGUGGCUGCUGCGCAACGUCACGCUGCCUGAGAUCUUCUGACCGCCGUCCACAUACACACUGACGGAGAGAGAGCGAGAGGGGGAAGAAGGGACAGAGUCCACACUGAAUGGGAUGAAGCAGGCUGUCUCUGGACCCUUCUAUGGCGGCUAGGAGAGAGGGAAUGUGUUUGGACUCACUGGAGGAGAGACUCAUGCUUUUAAAGAGAGACUGGUGAUGUUUUAAAGAGAAAGAGAGAGACCUGCUCCUGGAGAGACAUGUUGUUAAAGAGAGAGAGAGAGAGACUCACAGAGAGACACAAGGUUCUGUGUUGCUCACACCUUCCAUGGACAAGGCAGUCUCCCCAAUGCUGCAAACUCAUCACUUAUGUUUACCUGACUGCCUGUAAUGAAUGUGUGUGUGUUUAUAGGUUGGGGGCGUGAACGUGUGUGUGUGUGUGUGUGAGUGAGUGAGUGAGUGAGUGUGUUCUCAAGUGAAGGGGGCUCAUUUCUUAGUGAAUUUGUAUUUUAUUGUUUUCAUAGAUUUUGGAAAUGAACUCUGGAGAAGUCAUAUGAAGGAAGGGGGUGUUGUGAGCAUGUGUGUUGGGAUAAGCCCUCCUGUUGCAGUAUUGUAUGACUGUGUGUGCAUGUGAGGACAGCAGUGUCUGUCUCGCUCUAGUGUUCUUCCCCGAGAGAGAGAGAGAGAGAGAGAGAGAGAGAGAGAGAGAGAGAGAGAGAGAGAGAGAG